AUGUCGCCUCGUCCUAUUACUGUCACAGCGCGACGCCGGCCUCAGCUGAAUAUCUCCUCUUCCCAACCUUGUCUUCCCUUGCGUGCACAGCACCCGACUGAAGAUGCGCGAACAUUCAACAGUUGUCAUGCAUUUUAUUUUUUUUCUCUCUGGCGCUCUCCCACGCACACUGUGCAAACACGAACGUCAGCAGUUACACGGCCACCGUGCGGUUUGCUAGGACCCCGGGAUGCCGUUGCUGGGGGCGACGGAGGUAGGCCUGGAUUUAAUCUUCGGGAUCGUAAUAGGUUGGGGAUGGAUAUGGAUCCAAUGUUCCUGGCCUGGAGUUAUUUUAGAAGGCGCAAGUUCCAGUGCUGUGCUGACAUGUGUACGAAGCUGCUGGACAGCAAUCCGUAUGACCAGGCUGCAUGGAGUUUGAAAACUCGAGCCUUGACAGAGAUGGUGUAUGUGGAUGAGGUUGAUGUAGAUCAAGAAGGAAUAGCAGAAAUGAUGCUGAAUGAUAGUGCAAUUGCCCAAGUUGCCCGACCGGGAACAUCUUUAAAAGUCUCAGGAAUCAGUCGAGGAGGAGGUCCUAGCCCAGCUGUCAGCAGCUCAGCCAGCAUGUGGUCUGAUCGCUCUGCCAGGCCCAGUCUAACAACUGGCCCGCUCCAUUCUAAGCCUGUAGUCUGCUCCACACCAGCGUUCAGCCGCACCAAGGGAAUAGGAGAUAUGAAUUUAGCCUAUCAAUGUUUUAAACUGGCACUAGCCAACAACAAUGAUCAUGCAGAAGCUUAUAACAAUUUAGCUGUCCUGGAGAUCCACAAAGGUCACCAUGAACAGGCACGGGGGUUUCUUCAGACAGCGGCAGCACUGGCUCCUCAUAUGUAUGAACCACAUUAUAACUUUGCUGCACUUUCAGAUAAGGUUGGAGACCUUCAGAGCAGUUAUAUAGCUGCGCAGAAAUCAGCAGCUGCAUUUCCAGAACAUGUUGACACUCAGCAAUUAAUCAAGCAACUGCAAGAACACUUUGCUAUGCUUUAACUGUAACCAUGAUGCAGUGGUCUUGAGAUUCUUUGUUAUGUUAAAAACGUUACAUUACUUAGAUAUUGCAUGAUGUGUCAGUACAAUUGUUAAUUUCAUGAUUUUAUCUUUCUACCUCAUACUGAAGCUCAGGGAUGAAUUUUCACUUUGGAUGCAAGGAAUUGGAAGUCAGAACUGUCCCAGAGGCACCUACCGAGUGGGAGAAGCAGUUUCCACCUUUUGGGAUUUAGACCGGGGCACUCCUUUAAAGAUUUUUAAAAUCCUAUUUACAUUCCAGUUAAGGUCAAUGGGGAGGGUCUCCAUGUAAAAGGCUGGCUUGAAAGUAGUAAAUAGUGACCAAGAGGCCACUUCAGCAUGGAAGCAAUUGCUACCCUUUUUUUGCAAAUUGUAAAAGCAGCCAAGGUUCUGCUGUGUUAGGGAAUAGGAGGUCGGGGCUUUAAUGCAGCUGAAUUCAUUACAUUGUGACCUUUGGCAGUACCCAUAACCAAGCAUGCAAAGGAAAGCUACCUGGAGCACUGACAAAUUGGCCAGCUGCUGGACAGCCACCUCCAGACAGUUAAACAAGUCCUUGCUGGCAUCACCCCUCCCCCCACGAUUAGAUCAGCAAGCUGGUAGCUACCAUAAAAUCCCAGACCCCUGAGCACAUCACUGCUAAAUGCAAGCAACCAGAAGUCAAGUUUCUGACCUAAGUGGAGUUUAAAAAUAAAACAACAAAGUGUGAGGCUGGAUGAACACAG